UUAUUACACUUAACUGAAACAUAGAGAAACAAAGAAUUGUAAAGCCUAAGACAGAUGGCAUCUCUAGCAACCUUUGCUGCCGUUCAACCCGCCACCGUGAAGGGCCUCGGCGGCAGCUCCCUCGCCGGAACUAAGCUCUAUGUCAAGCCAUCUAGACAGAGCUUCAGACCCAAAAACAUCAGCGGCGGCGGUGUAGUGGCUAAGUACGGUGAUAAGAGUGUGUACUUUGAUUUGGAUGAUAUUGGCAACACUACUGGCCAAUGGGAUUUGUACGGCUCCGAUGCUCCUUCUCCGUACAAUUCUCUUCAGAGCAAGUUCUUUGAGACAUUGGGUGCACCUUUCACCAAGAGAGGAUUGUUGCUCAAAUUCUCCAUCUUAGGCGGUGGCUCUCUUCUUGCUUAUUUGAGUGCUACAGCCACCGGUGACGUUUUGCCGAUCAAGAAGGGUCCACAACUUCCACCAAAGCUCGGUCCACGUGGCAAAAUCUAAAUUUAGUUAACCCUUAAUUCUCAGUGUAUGUAUCUUCUCUUUACAUUGCAAGUUUGUCUGAAUCCUACUUAAGACAUUUGUUCUUAAUUUGAAUAUACUGUUUCUUGUCA